ACAGAGAGCGGCGGCUCGGCCGCCCCCGCCCCGCCGGGACAGACGAGCCGAGGCGGGCCGGGCGGCUAGAGCGGCCGGGGCAGGAGGCAGCACAGAGCAGCAGGAAGGGCUGGCGGGAGCGCCCCCCGUGGCGCCUCGCGGGGAGGGGGUCUCAGUCCCCACCCCCCCAGGCGCGGCAGCGUGACAUCAGGGCAGGUAUGAUGACGUCAUAACCGGACGCCAUGACGUCAUCACCUCCCGCGGUGAGAUCGCGGCCACGCACGCUGCCAUCGCAACAAAGCUGGUGACGUCACGCGGAGGCGCUGUGACGUCACAGUGAAUCGGGUGAGGUCUUGGCCACACGCGAUGACAUCACGCCGGGGCCGUGACCUCGCGGGGUGACAUCGCCCUGGGCCCAGACGUGUGCGAUGACCUCACGGCGACCCGUCCGCUCCUGCCAGGCCCUGCUGGGUCCACGGGUGCCCGGUUUGCCCAGGCCUGCGCUGCUCCCCCCACCAUGGGGCUGCCCCCCCACUGCCUCUGCGCCCUGCUGCUGCUUCUGUGCCCGGCAGGUGCCCCCUUCCGGAUCUGUGCCUUCAACCUGCAGCGGUUCGCUGGCCCCAAAGCUGCCAAAGUCGCCGUCAUGGACACACUGGUCAAGAUUAUCUCUCGCUGUGACAUCGCGGUGCUGCAGGAGGUGAUGGAUGCCCAGGAGCAGGCCGUGCCCGCACUCAUCAGCGCCCUGCACAGGUCCGCAGGCCCCGACUCCUACACGGCCCUGAGCAGCCCACUGCUGGGAGCUGGGCAUUACCAGGAGCGCUACGUCUUCGUGUACCGGUCCGGCCGCACCCAGCUCCUCGACUCCUACAUGUACCUGGACGAGAACCCUGCCAGACCAGAUGCCUUUGUCCGCGAACCCUUUGUCGGGCGCUUCAGCCUGCCCAGCAAAGCGCUCCCCACCCUGGUGCUUGUCCCCCAGCACACCGUGCCCAAGAAGGCAGAGACGGAGAUCGAUGCGCUCUACGAUGUCUUCCUGGAUGUCCAGGCCCGCUGGGGGACGGAGGACGUCAUGUUUCUGGGGGACUUUAACGCCGACUGCGGUUACGUGGCCAAGAAGCGCUGGGGACAGAUCCGGCUGCGGCGCGAGCCCAGCUUCCACUGGCUAAUCGGAGAUGCUGCCGACACAACUGUGCGGAACAGCACGCACUGCGCCUACGACAGGAUCGUGGUGCAUGGGGAGCGCUGCCUGGGGCUGGUGGUGCCUGGCUCAGCCCAGCCCUUCGACUUCCCUAGCACAUUCGGGCUCACAGAGACCAAGGCGCUGGAGGUCAGUGACCAUUACCCGGUGGAGGUGCAACUGGAACUGAACGCAGCCUCGAGGGGGUGCUGGCCAGCCGGCCCAGCACUGCUGCCCCUGGCUAUGCUGCUGGCCGGGCUGGAGGGCUGGGUCUGACCUCCCCACGCAGCACUGCUGGGCGCAUGGAUCUUGGGGGACACCAGACCGAGGGGCUGGAGUCUAAACCCACCUGCUGGACUCUCCGAUCAGCAGAGGCCUUUACUCAGAUGCCUGGAUUUCCCCCUCCUACAGAAGAUGCAGAAACUGCUCAUCUCAGACCUGACAAACUCACUGCAGCAAAUACAGAACCGGCAGCGUUCCCAGGCGUGAGGCCAGGGGAUGUUACCCGAUCAGCUGGAGUCCAUCCCCCUAGGUCCUGGGCCUGCCUGCCCAGAGCGUUCGGCUGGAGGGGCAUCCCUGGGCAGUGGAUACGGGUUCAAAUGCCGCCAGAGGGGGGUGGGUUUUUUUAAAGUGACAGAGCAACUAAACCCCUCCAUAAAAACAGUGAGGAGUUUGGGCAAAAGCUUUCGUGGAUAAAAACCCCCCUUUUUCCGCUGCCUGGCUGUUCCUGUGGGUCCAGACUAACAGGCUCCCCCUCGAAGUGAGCUGUAGCUCACGAAAGCUCAUGCUCAAAUAAAUCGGUUCGUCUCUAAGGUG